UCUCUCGCUUUUUCUGUGUGUGUGUAUGUGAAUGUGUGUGUGUGAUGUGUUCAAGUUAUAUGUUAGGGUGUGGUGAGUAACCUUUGCUGUUUUACUUCCCCAUCAAAAACCUAAAGCCAGUCUCUCACACCCCCACAUCACUGAGCAGCGGCAGCAGCGUGGGCAGCAAGUGACAGGUGUGUACUGAGCCCCCUAGUGGUCAGAGAGUGUCGGUAGCCUGCUGUGUCACAGGAGUGCCACACUAACUCCCACCCAGCCUCACACCAGCUCUGUGCAGCCCGAUUUCACCCACUGCGAUCGUGACCGUGAUCCAGGCAACCGCCAUGAGUGUCAUCGCCUCGCUCACCUCCCCCUCCUCCUGCCCCCACGUCUACCACUCCCCCAGUUUCCCCAUGUCUCCCACCACGUCGGACACCAACGGCACUGGGAUCAGCUACGUGAUCCUACACCAUUACAACCACACUGGGCGUCUGCAGAACAGAACCAUCUCCAAAGAGCCCAGCCCCGUCAGCGUCACCGCGGCCUUUUUCCUCUUUUUCAGCAUUUUCAUCAUCCUGGAGAAUCUUCUGGUCCUGGUGGCCAUCAUCUCCCACAUCCGCUACAGUCGGCGCUGGGUCUACGUCUGCAUCGCCAACAUCACUCUCAGCGACCUUCUCACGGGGACAGCGUACCUGGUGAACAUCUGUAUGUCUGGCAACCGGACGUUCCGCCUCAGCCCUGCCCUGUGGCUCUUCAGAGAAGGGCUGGUGUUCGUGGCCCUGGCGGCGUCCAUAUUCAGUCUGCUCCUGAUCGCUAUCGAGCGUUACAGCGCCAUGAUGCAGCCCCACAGCCAAAAGUCAGCCAGGAAGAACUAUUACAGGAUUUACGGCCUGGUGGUGCUCUGCUGGAUUUUGCCCCUGGUCAUUGGCUUCCUGCCCUUGUUUGGUUGGAACUGCGUGUGCAGCCUGGAGCACUGCUCCACCCUCCUGCCGCUCUACUCCAAGAGCUACAUCUUAUUCACUCUCCUCAUUUUCUUCCUCAUCCUCCUGGCUAUUGGCGUACUCUACGGCGCCAUCUAUUGUCACGUACACAGUAGCGCUCAGGGGUUCCAGCGCAGUCAGAAGCGCUCAUUGGCUCUGCUCAGAACUGUCAUCACCAUCGUCGGGGUGUUCAUCGUCUGCUGGGGGCCGCUCUUCGUCCUGCUGUUGGUGGAUUUCUUCUGUGACUCCCACAAAUGUGCGCUGCUGUUCAGCGCCGACUAUUUCAUCUCCCUGGCGGUGCUGAACUCUGGACUCAACCCCAUCAUCUACGCCCUGGGCAGCAGUGAAAUGAGAAAGGCCAUCGCUGAGCUGCUGUGCUGCUGCUGCCUGAGGACGGGGCCCUGUCACCCCGACACGUACUCGUCCAAGGAGACCAGCAGCACGUCAGUCAGCAGGCGGGACAGUUUCAGAAACAGUUUCAACAAGGUCAGAAAUCUAAGCGUGGCCUCGCCGCCAUCCACCCCCAGCAAACCUCGCAGAACGCCCAAAAAAUACAGGUUGAGCUCCACCACCAGUUGCCUGUCAGUUUCAAGUGGUUAAACCACAACCUGCUCCCCUCCCUGUGCGCUGAUACUGAUCUAACUGUUUCCUGGCCUCGAUGGUGUUUGUUUUGAAUGUUUACUCACUGCUGCGCCUGCAGGCGGCUGCAGAGGUGCGCUGUCACACAAAUGCAUCGAUUUAAAAAAAAAAAAAGCAAAUAUCCAGCUUCCCACCCAUUCUAUGCAUUUAUUGCAUUUACAGCACUGUAUAAAAUCUCAUUCCAUGUUGUUGUAAUUUACUCUCAACAUCCAGAAAUAUAUUUUUUUCUUUUUUUUUUUUUUGGGGAAAUUGAUGUGAAUAAUAAUAUACAGCUGAGCCCACGCUGGAGAAGCAGAUUGACUGACGUCAAGUCAAAUGUGAAAAGUGUUCUGUACAGUUUAUACAAACAUGCAUGACGUUGUAUUUGGCUUUUAUGAUUAUGUUUUUGUAACAUUAUUUGAAAUAAAGUACACAAUAAUGCAAUGUA